UUCGUCGUGGGCGGGACAUGGCGCCGCAAAAUGAAGUAGCAUGAGUCCAAAUGUAACUGUUGUUUGUGUGGCGGUUUUUUGGAUUGUUGAUCUGUUUUUGAGAUGUUUAUGAGACAUUUCUUUGCCAAAAUCAUAGUCCGGCUUUGAUUUGAGAAUCACACCGGUGGACUUGGCUUCUUGAAAGGAUAUCAAGCUAUCAGAGGACAUUAGCCAGCGAAGUUAGCUUAGCUAACUUGCCAGACUGAAACAUGCCGAAUUUUUGCGCGGCUCCAAAUUGCACACGGAAGAGUACACAGUCCGAUUUGGCAUUUUUUCGUUUUCCUCGAGACCCUGAGAGAUGCAGAAUCUGGGUGGAGAAUUGCCGUAGGGCGGAUCUCGAAGCCAAAACAGCCGACCAGUUGAAUAAGCACUACAGAUUAUGUGCCAAACACUUUGACCCUGCCAUGGUGUGCAAAACUAGCCCCUAUAGGACGGUCUUGAAGGACACGGCCAUCCCAACCAUUUUUGAUUUGACAAGCCAUCUGAAAAACCCUUACACCAGGCAUCGCAAGCAGAUAAAAGAACUUACUGAUGAAGAUAUACAGAGGAUUAAAGAGAGACGAUUGGCUUCUGCUGAGCAGACCAUCAAAAAAGAGGAUCUGUCAAACAUUGCCGACAACGAGCCUCAGCUUUCGGCCGACGAGAAAGAGUACCGGGAUUAUUUGAGGUCUUUGUUUGAGAUUCUGUUCAUGCUGGCAAAACAAGCAAUCCCUUUGACCACCGGCAGAGUAUCCGAAGAAGAACUCAAGUCCAACAACUUCCAGGCCGUCAUAGAUUACUGUAUGAAUGCCGGAGACGAAGCUCUGAGGAAGAGAUUCGAGGUGACUGCGGUGAACAGCGAGUACCUCAGCGCUGCCCAGCUGAAUCAGCUCCUUGAUGUUUGUGAGAACACGGUGAGGGAGGAGAUGCUCAUGGAGGUGAGGGAGAGUCGUUUCUACUCCCUGGUGACGGGCGACCUGGUCGAAUUCGCCAACAGCAAACACUUGCCCGUGUUCCUCCGCUUCGUCAACCAGCAGAACGUCCUCAGAGAGGAGUUCGUGGACUUCCUCCCAUUCGUGGACGGAGACGAGGCGGCGCUGGUGGAAAGCCUGGAGGCUCUCCUGGUGGACCGCUGGGGACUCAGCAUGGAGGACUGCCGUGGUCAGGCCCACAAGGCCACCGGGACCUCCACCACUAAGAUGAAAGCCGUGGCCGUACUGCUUAUGGAGAAGUACCCUCUUGCGCUUCACAUGCCUUGCUCGCAUAUGGCGCUGAACAUCCACCUCGCCAACAACCUGCCUUUCCCCAACGUGCAGAUCGUCAUGGAGAAUCUGAGGAGGAUUACGUCCUUCUUUAAAACCCCACACACUCAGGAUGAGCUGGACAAGGCCAUCUCCAUUCAGUUCCAGAAGAACGAGGAGAAAGGAAAUGCUCUCAAAAAGAUGUGCUCCUCCGGAUGGACGGAGCAACACAACAUCUUUGACGUGCUGCUGGAUAUAUUGCCUUCACUCCUGCUGUGCAUGGACAGCAUUCGGGACAAUGCCGACGGAAAGUUUUCCAGUUGUGUCACCGCGGAUGCGUAUUCCAUCGGAGAAAGCAUUGCGGACUUUGAGGUGAUUGUCACCGUCGUCAUCUUGAAGAACGUUCUGACGUUCACCAGAGCCUUUGGGAGAAACCUUCAGGGGGAAACGCUCGACGUGUUCUCCGCCGCAAACAGCCUAACAGCGGUUCUGUACUCCCUCAACGAGGUCAACGACAACAUCGACGUGUACCACGAGUUCUGGUACAGCGAGGCCGUCAGCUUGGCAGCCCUCAUGCAGAUCCCUCUGUCCGUCCCGAGACUCUUCCUCCGGAAGCAGCGGGCGGCUGACCUCGGCGAGAUCCAGGCCGAGACGUACUUCAAGGAGUACGUGACCAUACCCGUGAUCCGUGGCAUCAUGCAGGAGGUGGAGGACAUGUUCUGCGACAACAACCUCCGAGCUCUCAAGUGCCUGUCGCUGGUUCCGGCCGUCAUGGGCCACAUGAAGUUCAACACCACGGAGGAGAACUUUGCCGAGGUCUACAGCGGCGACCUCCCGAACCCGGACACGCUUCCUGCCGAGCUCCACUGCUGGAGAAUAAAAUGGAAGCACAGAGGGAAAGAGGUGCGCUUGCCCACUACCAUCCACGAGACCCUGCAGUUGCCGGACGUCAAGUUCUUCCCCAACGUGGACGCCUUCCUCAAGGUGCUGUCCACCAUGCCAGUGCUCAAAGUCGAGAAAGGCACGGGCGAAACCGCCACCGAGCGGCUGCAGGCGUACCUCGGCAGCGUGCCCGCGAAGCAUUUGAACAAAAGUCUGGCAAUGCUCCACAUUAAUACCCAUGUCAAGCACGACCUGGAUGUCAUGGUGGACAAAUACUGCCGGCUGUACCCCGAGGAUGACCCCGAGGCUGAGGCCGAGGACGUUGGCGAAGACGUUAUUGUGACCAAAGUGAUCUGAAGCUUUGGCUCAAAUUCUCACUUGUUAUCUUUGAGUAAAAUACCACAGUUUUAACUACAAAAAAAAGGUGAAUAUUAUCUUAUUACUGCAUCUGUAAUAAAUUUGUCAUCUUAA